AUGGACGUUCCCGGCGACGAGAGCGUUGGUAGAGGGGGUGCUGAGAAGGAUGCGCAGGGCGUAGGAUGGCGGGAACACGAAGACAUGGUCGGGAGGGGGGAUGUGUAUUUAUGCCAUGAGGCGUUAUUGGGACGCACAGGCCUGGCUAUUGCCAGCGAGCGGCAUCGAUCAGAACUUACUUCCUCCGGCAUCGGCACCCUCCGCCGGCAUCACGUUGCACUCGCCCCCGCGCAUUCUCCUGAGACUGAUGCAGCCUGCCUCCACCUCUUCCUGGAGAUAGAACUCAGUGGGAGCCAAUUCAAGAAAGCUGCUGAAAACUGGGCAGAUGGCUAG